CUCUUUCCGACAACCAAGAACCACCACUCUUUGUUACGACAGAACAUGACGGAUUCUUGGGAUCGUACCCUAUUUGACAAGGAACUCAAGUCUAUUUUGGACGCUAAACUUCCCGUGUCUGCGUCGAAAAUUACUUCGCUUCAAUCGUUGGCCAUUUCGCAUCCCCAGCAUCACAACUAUAUUACCCAAUGCAUUCUACGAUUCAUUGAAACGGCACCUCCGGACUACCGACUGGCAGGUUUGUAUGUGGUAGAUGCGAUAUCACGUGCAGCAUACAAGUUGGUACGGAAAAGCAGCGACAGCGAUCGGAGGUCUGUGGAGGCAGAAGGAUACUUGCGACGCUUUGGAAUCGUUUUGCGUGAUGAUACGUUGAUUGGAUGCUUUGAACCAUGUACGCCAAAGGAUAAGGAAAAAGUCAAAAAAGUACUCGAUAUCUGGGAGCAUGGAGGCAUUUAUUCCAAAGACCUCGUGGAUUACUUAAGAAACUCUUCGAUGAAAGUUGCUGCAACGGGAACGACCGAACGCGGACAUAAUUCUGCUACUUCUGCUACUGCUGUUGCUACUACUACUACUGCUACUACUACAACCAACGGUGACAUGCAACAACAUGAUCAGCAGACAAGUAAAGCUCCUGCUAUCGACGCCGCAUCGCUGCUGGCUCAACUCUCGACGCUUUCCAACGGUAACUUGGGUAACCUGACAAACGCCGUUCCAAGUGCCCCUCCAUCCCAGCCAUUUCAACCAUUUCAGCAGCACCAACAGCAUUCGUUACCACAGCAACCAUUACCGCCAACAUUACCACAGCAGCACCAACAGCCUUCAAGGGACACUGCCGGUCUUCCACCAGCUCUUGCUCACCUACUCGGCAUCAAUGCGGCACCUGCAGCAGCUCCCCAGGCUGCACCUCCUCCACCACCGCUACCACUAGUACAGCUACAGCAGACUUUGCAACAGCAACCACAGAGAUUACCGUCAAGUGUGCCGAAUUUUCCAUCGAUGAUGCCUCCUCCCCAGCCGCCGCUGCAAGAUAAGGCACCAGUAGAUCCUCGGUUGCGGUCGCAUCAGCCAUCACCACCGCCUCGCGUAGAUCCACGCGUGAAGCCCAAUAAUGCAAACAAUACACCCUUGGGAGUACGUAGCGAGAAUCCGCCGCAUCAUCACAAUUAUCAGCAGCAGCAGCAGCAGCAGCCACAACAACCAUUAUCCAUGUCACCUCCACGAACACGAUCAAGACCGUCUCGAUGGAACCAAGAUAGUGCUCCCGUACCAUUCCAGCAACCGGAUCCUCAUCAUUAUCAACAGCAACAAGAACAACGUCGACGAUCAUUAUCACCUGUUCGUGGUCAAAAUAACAACAAUAAAAAUCAUCCUAACCAGCAUAGUCAUCAUCGUCACUCGCCAUCGUCGAGACAGGAGCAACGCCAUCCACGACGCAGAUCAAGUUUACCGGGCCCUAUUCCAGACCCAUCGUUGCCAAAAGGAUGCAUCCGAGUGGUGACACGUACACUGUUUGUCGGACCACUUCCUGGAAAUUACACCAGAGAUGACGUUGCUGACAUUUUUGAGAAAUACGGCGAGUUGAACAGCAUUAUUGUGAGCAAAAAGAUCAAGUCGCGAGUGAAUGCGUUCUUGAAGUAUACCAAACGCGCUAGCUUAGAACAAGCCAAGCGGAAUACAGCUGACCUCAUGGUCGAAGAUGUGCGAGUCAAGGUGAAUUAUGGAUUUGGUUUUGGGCCUCGCAAACUCUUUGACUACGAACGAGGCGAAUCGGUGAUCUCUCUGAACGAGCUAUCCGAAGAUGAAAAGAUGAGCCUAGUAACUGCACCCAUCGGCGGGUUUCAAGGACAGCAAGUGCAUGAUCAAAUGACCAUUGAAGAGCCUGAAGUAGAGUAUCGUCCUGAAUGGAAGAUGGAUGAGAAUAGCGCUCCCAAAGGUGGCGGUAGUGGCGGUGGCGGUGGACGUAGAGGUGGCGGUGGCAAUCGUCAUAUACGGAGACGAUUUGACUCGUCCAACGAAGACCAUCCCAGAUAUCAACAGCGGGAUCGUCAGUAUUACCAACAACAGCAACAGCCCGAGUUGGAUGUAUCCGCUGAUUCCGGGUGGAUGACAGGAGGAGCACAGUUCCCUCCACAACAGCAAUUACAGAUGUCCAAUGUACCUCCCAAUUUUUUCUUUGACAUGCAGCAACAACUACAGCGACAAGAGCAGCAGAUGCAACAACAGCAACAGCAUCAACACCAGCAAUAUCAGCCAGGCAGUGGUGACGAUCAUUUUCAACGGUCAAAUUACGACUACUCAUAAGAAAAACGCCCUCCACGCCCUUCUUUGCAGGUCAUUUAAAUGAAAGAAGAAGUCAGCAACGACUAAAAGUGUAUCAUACAUAUCUGUCUAUCUAGCAUAAAGAAAAUAAAAGCUUUGCAUUUGUUCCAUUAAUAUCUCUGAUAUAUACUUGAAG